AAAAACUCAAGAAUUCUCGCAUAGGUCUAAUUUUGCUGGCCACGUCAGUAACUUGUCGAUUCACUGAUGAUUUAUACCAACAUUUGGCUAAGGAUAAUGCAAACAAGAACCUUAUUUCUUCGCCCCUUUCCGUGGAAAUUGCCAUGAGCCUGGCCUACAUGGGAGCUGUGGGCAAGACAGCCCAGGAAAUGAGGGACGUUAUGAAACUGCCCGCGGACAAAAAGGAAGUGGCACGUAAAUACAAGAAUUUUUUGACAAAUCUCGAACGACGCGAAAAGGUGGCAAUCCUUGAUUUGGCCAACCGCAUUUACGUAAACGAUCGCUACUCGCUAGUUCCCGAGUUCAAUCAGGUGGUUAGAGAAUCCUUUAAGGCCGAAGCGGAGGCCAUCAGCCUAAAGGAGACAUCAAAAGCGGUUUCGAUCAUCAACAAGUGGGUAAAAGAUCAGACACGCGACAGGAUCAAAAGCAUAGUUAAGAAAGAUGAUUUGAGAAAUAAUUUUAUAAUGGCUCUCUUAAAUGCGAUUUACUUCAAAGGCCAGUGGCAGUACCAAUUCAAUACUGCCAAUACCAAGAAGGCCGACUUUCGAACAGCUGACAAAAAACUCGUUCCUGUCCAGAUGAUGUCACUUUUAGGCACAUUUAGAGCGAAUUAUGUACCCGAAUUAGAUGCCAAAGUAAUCGAGCUUCCUUACCGCAAUUCAAGCCUGUCCAUGGUCAUCUUUUUGCCGGAAAAAGUCGAUGGUCUGCCAGAAUUGGAGAAAAAGAUCGCAGGUUUCUCCGGGUAUCUGCGAAGUCAGAAUGUGAUUUUGAAGCUGCCAAAGUUCAAAAUCGAAUUUUCAACCCUUCUAAAAGAUAUUCUUAUGAAGAUGGGCAUAGUAGAUGCAUUCACUAAAAAUGCGGAUUUUAGUGGUCUAGUACAAGCACAAGCCGAAAUCAGCAAAGUCAUUCACAAGGCUUUCAUCGAGGUUAACGAAGAAGGUGCUGAGGCAGCAGCUGCUACAGCUGUAGUGAUAUCUUAUACCUGCGCAAGUUGUACGCCCCCGCCUCCCAUGGAGUUCAAUGCAGAUCAUCCUUUUGCAUACGUCAUUCGCGAUGAGAAGACCACUUACUUCCAGGGGCACUUCGUAAAGCCUGAACAAUAAAGUUCCCGUAUAAAAUCACGCCCACAAUUACAAUCAAAUUCAAGUGUUAUCAAAAUUCAGUAAUACAUAAGUGGUAAAUAAAGCGUGUUGGUAAGAGUACCUGAACUAUCGGAUA